ACUUUCUUGGGGACACAGCACUGCCCAGAGCUUCCUAGGUGAGCUAGCCUCUAUCCCCCGGGAUGGGCCAGCUCCAGAGUCAGCACUUUGCUAGAACUAACGGUGCUGCGGUGACACGCUCCAGGCACCAGGUGGGGCAGCGAGCAGGGGCUCCACCUCCGGCCGGGGUUGCAAGCUCUGAACUCGUGGAUGCAGUCGGGGGCGGGACUUCUCGCCUCUCACCACCGGCGGGCGGAAGUGCGGAGUCGGAAAUUGCGCGAUCGGCCCGCGCCGAUUCUGCGCCGCACGGAGCCAGUGCGGAGGUGCUUGUUACUGCGAUGGCUUCUAGUGGGGUGACGGUGAGCGCCUCCGGCUCGGCCAGUGAGGCCCCCCAGGUCCCAGACAACGUGGGAGACUGGCUCCGUGGUGUCUACCGCUUCGCGACCGAUAGGAACGACUUCCGGAGGAACUUGAUCCUCAAUUUGGGACUCUUUGCUGCGGGAGUUUGGCUGGCCAGGAAUUUGAGUGACAUUGAUUUGAUGGCACCUCAGCCAGGGGUGUAGCCAAAUAAUGGAAAUCCUGUGUACUCAAACUUCCCAAAGACGGCCUACUGCCUGUGACCAAGAGUUACUGCCCAUGGCAGCUGAAGUGGAUUUCCUCUCCUUGACUGAACCCUCCACUCUGGCCAGUUCUGUGUGUAGUAGUUCCCAGGUUUCUGCAGAAGGUGAUCUUUGCCCGUGUCCUGGGCAGAGUAAUGGUUCUUGAAAAAUAUUUCAAAUAAAGCCUGCACACAAAGA